ACAUUCUCAUUAAAUGGUACCAAAUAUUAGAGUCAGGACUAGAGAUGUACAUCUCUAGUCAGGACUUAAAGGCCAUCAAAAACAUUUUUAAUUUUAAAACGGGUAACAAUAUCGGUAUUAAUGUG